AUGCACAAAAGGGAGAAAAGUUUUGGUAUACAAAUGCUUUCAGUUCAGCCAGACACCAAACCGAAAGGUUGUGCUGGCUGCAACCGUAAGAUCAAGGACCGCUACCUGCUAAAGGCCCUGGACAAGUAUUGGCAUGAAGACUGUCUGAAGUGCGCAUGCUGCGACUGUCGUCUCGGGGAGGUCGGAUCCACCUUAUACACCAAGGCCAAUCUAAUCUUGUGUCGGAGGGAUUACCUGAGGUGA